AUGUUUCAAUGCUCGCAAUGUGAAAAGUCAUAUCAAAGGAAACCCCAUUUAUUGCGCCAUCAAGCCACCCCUAUUGACAGAGAGGUCACUCGAAGACACAGCAAAGUAUGCGCAAAAAAGCAUAACCAACCUCCGCCUGUUGCCGCAAAACCAGGCAGGAAAAGGCAGUCAUGCGAUCUAUGUUUCUCUACAAAAGCCGCCUGUGAUAAUAAUCUUCCAUGUAUGCGAUGCAUCUCCCUCGGGCGGGAGUGCAUUUUUACAACCCAAGGGGCGCCUACUAUCAAUUCGGUAUCCAACGUCUCAGUCUCACCAACUGCAAUACCCUCGGCCGACGCGUCCGAAAGCGGCGGCCCAUUUUCAUUCCUUCGUCAUUUCGCAAAUCCUACAAUUCAAAAGGAUCGACUUGCAAUAGGUGAAACCGCCAAAUACUCCUUGCGAAGGAACCUUGAAACCCUCUAUUCGCGCCUAGAAGAGGCGCUGAUGCCCACUGACCCUACACCAAACCCCCUGGGCAAUUUCCAAAUUACCGACUUGCCUUUUCAGAUGGCUUCAAGUGCGGAUGAAUCGAUUUUAACUCAAUAUCCGCACGAAGUUCUCUUCCCAUCAAGGCUUUCCAAUCAACUUACUGAGAUUAUGACCGAGUUGGUUGAGACAUCCAAAUCCAUGACACCCUCAGAUGCCAGUCGACCAGAGACACUCGACAUUAUGGAGCUCACCUCUCUCCUAGGAGUGUCAAAUAUAUCUGCUUUUAUUUCAGCCUUCUUCCACUCUCUUCACUGGCACCUGCCAAUCGUUCACUUUCCUACAUUCGACCCUGGAAAUGUAUCCAACCCUUUGCUUCUUGCAAUUUUCAUGGCAGGAGCAGCGUAUACAGCCCCACUUGACAGGGCAUCCAUGUCUCCAUGGCUUCUUGAUGUGGCUGAAGAGUAUAUCUUCCGAAAAGUGUCAAAUUUACCCGCGACGCCCCCACCCAAGGACUCUUUUGCUCUUCUGCCAACCGUGCAGCUAAUACAGAGUGCUCUUAUCAUCGAAAUGCUACAAUUUGGAAGAGAUGAUAUGCUGACGAGGAGGCGCAUUCGGAUUGUCCGUAACCCGUGUCUCGUCUCUACCAUCAGAUCAUUGGGUAUGUUCCAGUUAAAGCGGCGAACGCCCCCAAAGACAUGCGAUGAACCAACAUGGCGAAUACUGGUAGCAGAGGAAAUGUGUAUACGAAUUGCAUGUUGGGUUUUUCUCGCGGACGGCUUUCUCACUGUCUGCUUCAAAAGCCACCCGUCGCUAUCGAUAUUUGAAAUGAACUGUGAUUUCCCUUGGAGCGCCGAGCUUUGGGAGGCCGAGAGUGCAUCUGCGUUCAGCAGAAUUGUUACGAUGAAUCCGACUGAGAAAUCACUUCCGCCCCUCAAAGAAGUUGUUACCCAACUGCUUGACACCCCAACCACCGAAGAUUCAAUACCAUGGGGUCUCUCGCUUUCAUCUGAGCAUCUCUUGAUAUUGAUAUACGCUAUCAACUCCCUGGCAUUCCAAGCUCGGGUUGGUCUUCUCAAAUACCUUCCGCUUGAUGCCAUCAGCCGAGCCGCUGGCAACUGGAAACGAAUUUGGGACUCCUUGGUUGGAGCGGAGCAAGAGAAAAUCCUUCAUCUCGGAUAUCCGAAACAUGCCGAGGAGUUGUGGUGGCUAUUGAAAGCUACAUUAGAGGUUUCUGAUAAGCCAGAAACAGGAUUUGCGUAUCUCGAGAGCAAUGCUACUGACGAACUAGGGACACUGAACGACUUUAUACAAUCAUGCUAUCGCAAUGCUUAA